AUGACUCGCCAGCUUCAACCAGGAAUUUACGCUCCAACCCAGGUCUUCUACCACGAAUCAACCCAAGACCUAGACAUUUCUACUAUCGAGAAACAUGCCGUCCGGCUCGCCCGUGCUGGGAUCUCCGGCAUAGUCACUAACGGCUCUAAUGGCGAGGCCGUCUACCUCACUACACAGGAGCGCCUUCAAGUCACCCGGAUCACACGCAACGCCCUUGAUAUAGCCGGGUUCGCGAAUCCGUGUCGGGAAUCGAUAUCGAUUCGGACACUUUGA